UCCGAGUCAUCGUUACAUUGCAGAGGCAAGGUGAAUGCACAGCGAGGAACCAGCCCAAAAGUAGAGAAAGAGCGACAAAAAUGAGUGAAGAAGUGGAGGCGAAUGUACCAGUUUUCCUCUCAUUUAACAGUCUUGGCGUAAAGAUCGGUGAUCGAGAAAUUCUUCGCAAUGUUAGCGGGAAAGUUCACCCUGGGGAACUGUUAGCUGUGAUGGGGCCCAGUGGUUCUGGUAAGACAACAUUGCUAAACAUUCUUGCUGGAAGAAUGUCACCAGAAAGUGGUGAAAUCCUUCUCAAUGGUACACAGUUGAACAAGAAACUGAAGAAGGUUAUUUGUUAUGUCCUGCAAGAAGACAUUUUCUUUGCCAAUCUUACUCUUCGGGAAACUCUUACUUUUUCUGCAAUGCUUCGCCUACCAGAUGCCCUCUCUAAAGCUGAAAAGCUACAAAAGGUUGAUCAAAUUGUUGACAACUUGGAUAUCAGGAAGUGCUUGGAUACAAAGAUUGGAAGUCCUUUUGAAAGAGGCUUAUCAGGAGGGGAGAAAAAAAGGGCAAACAUUGGUUCUGAGCUGAUAACAAAUCCUUCUUUGAUUUAUCUGGAUGAACCAACAUCUGGAUUGGAUUCUAGCAAUGCCUUGAACCUUGUCAAGACUCUGAAGAGCUUUGCAGCAAGAGAAAAGAAGACAGUGGUAACCACCAUUCACCAGCCAUCAAGCCAGAUUUUUUACAUGUUUGACAAGGUUUUAUUGCUGUGUGGAGGACAGUGGAAAAGGUAACUGAAGGAGAGGAGAUUCAAGAAAGGAUCGUCCAAGGCUGGGCCGAAAGACAGAAAAGACGUCAGAAAUAUCCAGCAAUUUCCACUGAGCAUGGACCAAGAAGAAGUGAUACCCCAAGUCCUAUUCCACAGAAUGAUGACAAGGACCGGUCACAGAAUAUGCCAAAUGAAACAAGCCCUAAAGAUGGACAGCAAAAAGCUACUGAAGAGUUAAAGAACAAGGAGUAUGUGUCUGGACAUUGUACUACAGAUGACCCUGAAAAAGAAAAUGAAACAAGUCCUCCAGCUGACAGAAGUAGUGAAUCCACUGAAGAGAUGGUAGCUGCUGACUGUCUGAACGAACAGGAAGAUGUUCUAAGGCUGGAGGAUGAAGGUGGAUUUUCGUCUGUGGAGAUGCUGGAGGAGGAAAAAGAAAGAAGAUCAGGUAAUGGGCAUGUACCAUCAGGAGGCGAUGAACUGCCUUCAGGGACAAGCGAGAGUUCAAACCUUUUGGCUUCAAAUCCCAAACCAUCUGUAUCUAAGACCCUUUGGAGGAACGUGAGAGAUUCAUUCACCAAAUCUUCAGACCAUCUUCCACAAGUCCACUCAGAAGUCCUGGUACCAGCAGCAGAUGUCAAUGUGGCUGUUGUAUCUUACAAGCGCAGUACAUCACGUGAUUAUUUCAAAGUAGAUGUUCAUGAUGAUGAUGAAGAUCAUUCUGCACUGUAUUCUGAUAUUUCAACAUCAUGGGCCACAAGUUUCUGGACGCAGUUCACAGUUCUCCUACUAAGAACGUUUAAGCAGUCCAAACCAGACAUUCUGUCUAAGCUAGAUCUAGCACAGAACUUGCUUCUUGCCUUGAUUUCGGGCUUGAUCUGGUUCCAGCUUCCUUACAAAGAGCAGAGCAUUGAAGACAGAUAUUCACUGCUGUUUUUCGUUGUGGUUUAUUGGAUGUUCAGUCCACUCUUCCAAGCUCUGUUAUCAUUUCCAAGUGAAAGGAGUGUAGUGAAUAAAGAACGUGCUGCUGGCUAUUACAGACUGUCUGCAUACUAUUUAGCCAAGUUGUGUAGUGAAUUACCGCUGGUCUUAUGUCAGCCGACUCUGUUCUAUACGGCAGUCUAUUGGAUGACGGGUUUAAACAGAAGCGAGGCCUUUCUUGGUAACCUUUUCGUGCUUUUGUUAACAGCCAUAACAGGACAGUCCGUAGGUUUGUGCAUCGGUGCUACAGUAAUGAACUUCAAGAAGUCAGUAGUGGUGUGUGCUGUAUAUGGUCUGACUUGUAUGUUGUUGGGCGGAUUCUACCAGAAAAAUAUACCCUCGUGGCUAUCUUGGUUCCAGUAUACUGCUUUCUUGAAGUAUUCUUAUGAGGCUUCCCUUGCCAUUGAAUUUGGUAAUUCUCCAUCAUUCAGUUGCUCGACGAUUGACUCUUCCUAUGGUAGAUGCCAAAACAAUGGAACCUCCAUCGAAGGAACGGACAUUUUAGAGAGGCUGAAUGUUACAAGAUCUGUGGGAGAAAACAUUGCUGUACUUCUCUGUUUUAUUGUUAUUUUCAGAAUUUUGACAUAUCUUUCUUUACGCUACUUACAAAAGCCAAAGUGAUUUGCGCAUACAUAGAUAUUGAACGAGCGAUCUGUUAUUUCUUUGUGUGGCGUUGAGAUGUCAACCUGUUGCUAUUUGCCUGAUAACUGACAUGUUUACCAGUGUCCACUUUUUCAACUUAACAGAGUGGCGUUGAGUUGAUCAAGCAUCGUUAAAAUGAUAUGGAGUAAAUGAAGCAUGAGACGGAUUUUAUUCCCCAGUGCUGAAGGCGUUGAGUUUGAUCAUGCAUCGUUGAAUAAUAUAGCAUGAGAUAAGAGGUUUAUCUUCCAAUUGCUGAUGGUGAGACAUUAGUAGAAGAUUUUGAUUCCUUUCUUCCCACCUCCCCCCCCUCCCCGCCCUUCACCACUCGAGCGGCCAUGUACAUGUAUUGUAAUUAUUGCUGUUAUUAUUUAAAUAUUUAACCACAAGAUAUCAUUUAGAGAGACGUUUCGAGAGCAAAAACUUCAAUGUUUUAACGGCGCUUGAACAAGUCAUAUCUUACGAGCAAGAGGAAUUAUGAUAUCCCUGUUAUAGUAAGAUGCGUUCUUUUAGGACUGAGGAGGAUAUGACAAAUAAAACAUAUAGAUAUUUCUGAACGUUAAAUAGAAGACGAUAACUCGU